GUCUGCGACUUGGCUCGCGGUAAAGAUGUUUUCGCUAUUAUACUCACCGGUUUUGGCAAAAGUUUAAUCUUUCAGCUAUUCCCACGCUUGGCUAAAGCUGCUCUAACCUUAGAACCUUUAACCUUAGAGUGUCGACCAAUUACUGACCGAUACAUCGGUCAAGUAUCGACCAACUAUCGGCGAAGUGUCGGCAAAGUGUCGGCAAAGUGUCGGCGAAGUGUCGGCGAAGUGUCGGCGAAGUGUCGGCAAAGUGUCGGCGAAGUGUCGGCGAAGUGUCGGCGAAGUGUCAGCGUAGUGUCGGCGAACGAAAAGCUAUAUCGGCCGAGACACAUCUGGAACGACUAUCGACCGUGUCUCGACCGAGUGUCGACCGACUAUCGACCGACUAUUGACCGCUAUAUCGACCGAGUAUCGACCGAGUGUCGACCGAGUAUCGACCGACUAUCGACCGACUAUCGACCGACUGUCGACCGACUAUCGACCGAGUAUCGACCGACUGUCGACCGACUAUCGACCGACUGUCGACCGACUAUCGACCGCUAUAUCGGCCGCUAUAUCGACCGAUGUCUCGGUCGACAUUACCCACAGUAAACAAGAUCCGAAAGCUCUACGAUAAUAGUCGUUUCGCCGCUGAUAUCUAUAAUGCGAGAUCAAGUGGAACACUGA